AUGCCUGUGUUUUCGAAACGAGAAACCGCGAUCAAUAAGUCUGCGCCUCCAAGUGGAGCGUCCAAAAGUGACGAGGCCGACAGCAGGCCGCCCUCACCGCAAGAACUGCUCAUGGCGCUCGCCGCACUCGCCUGGUUGACUCUUCAGCAAGGCGAGGCUGCCUUUCUGGGGGACGAAGCGACGGCGGGGGCAGAGAGCCUCGAGUCUUUCCAGAGACGCCUCGACCAGCUGCUCAAACGUCUCCUUGCCCUUGAGCGCUACACGGCGAGUGCAGCUGCUGCGGCUCCACGACCGCGAUCGGAGGGCCUGGCGCCGCGCCCCAAAGAGGCGACAGGCACUCGUGGGGUGGAGCCCCCGGAGACGGAGCGAGGAGAGAGAGAUGGCGUGGACGGCGAGGCUGAGAAGCUGGGGGCCGCAAAUAUCAAGGGAGCCCAGAAGGAGACAGGAAAGGCGGUGAGACGUCCUAGCGAUGCGAAGGAAAAAAAUGUGGCUUUGAUUGGGGGACCUGUCAGCGUGUAUGUUGAGUACGUUCUCUUCCUCUUGCCUUUGUGGGAGCGACGGAAGCAGCUGGUCGAGCGAUUGAAAUCCUUUAGAGUCCAAGGCGGAAAGGGAGGAGAAACGGGCGCCGUCGCGGUUCUCUGCGACCUCCGUGCGCUGCUGCGCAUGCUCCAAGACCUCCAAGAAGCCGACAGACUCAGGCGUCUUUUCGUGACGUAUCUGGGGAUGGUUAGUCACGCCACCGCGGGGCUGUCGGGCGACCUAGAGGCCCCAGAAGCUGCGGAGACACCUGCGAGCGACAACACACAACAGCGGGGAGUCACGAAGACCCGCCGAAACCUCGAGGAAAUCAGGGGCGGCGGCGACAACCGAGGCGACGAAGGGGGCAAAGACGCAGAGGACUUCAACAGCGACAUUCUUGGAGAGAUCCGCAGGAUCGUGGGGGGGGGAAGGCACCUGUUGCGUCAAUGGGAAGAAGAGGCGACGAAGGUCGCGAAGCGCGUUCCUGAGCUCGGACAGAAAGGGGAGGAAGCGAAAUCGCGAGGAAGGCGAGGGAGAUCAUCUGGACAGAGUGGCGAGGAGAACACGCAGUGUGUGCCUCUGUCGUUCCACGCCCUUCUUCAGCCAUCGCCGCCUCUCAGCCCUUACCAGCUGCGUCACAUCGCCCAAGACCUCCUUGCUUUAGGUGUAAGUACACCGCAAGUCGAACGAGAAAUCGAAUCUCUUCGGCCGUUCACACAUCCCAGCUCCGGCUUCGCCUCUGCGUUCGAGGGGAAAGAAAGCCAGAAACUCGCAGGCCCCCACUCCGAGUGCCCCGCAGAUAUGCCGUCUUGGCGGGUGAUGGGAGAAAAAGCCCAAACUCCCGUUUCAGAAGACAGUGGAGCUGUCCACUCAUCGAGCGCCUCUUUCUCGGUCUUGCCAUCCCUUGAUGGCGAAGCCGAUGAUAUCGACGACGCUCUCCGGGUCUCGCCUGCUUCGUUGUGGCGUUCGACCGCCGUGAAUCUCGCGCCUCCGUCUGUAAGGGCGGAAGAACGCGAACUUCAGUUCACGCUCCUGCGCAGCUACGCCAGGGAGGGCCGCUGGCGCGAAGCGUUGAAGAAACUCUCGCUUCUGCUUCGUCUGUUUGUUUUGGAGAACCAGCAAAGGGACACAAGAGAAAACCCGCACUCUGCUCAAGAACUACCGCAGAGGAAACCGGAGAGAGCCCCCCGAGAGCCGACAGCGAACCAGAAGAGCUGGGAGAGAACUGUGUAUGGCGCUGCAGCGAUCGUCGCAGAGUCAUGUGCUGAAAAGGAACAGUAUGUCGCCGCUGCGCAAUCCCUAGCUGUUCUUCCUGUCUCCCUCGAUCCGCCGCCCCCCGAUCUCCUUCUUCCUUCCUCGUCGUCUCUCUCUCCGUUCACCUCGUCUCUUUUGCCUCUCUCCCCGACUCCGCUCUUGCCCCUGUCUCUCUCGCUCGCUCACGCCCUCCGCCAAAGGCUCCGAGAUCUGCGCCUCUGCACCACCUCGUCGCGCGCGUCUCCCUCUUCGUCGCCUUCUGCCCAGGUUUCGCGGUCUUCGCCUCUCUCUGGCUCGUCGGGUACUCCGGACGGCGGCGCCGAGGAGACACCGGGCUCUGUCCCUGCAGAGGGUGAAGCGCGGCAGGGAGACAGCGGAAGCGAGAUGGAAGUUCUCGGUCCGCCGACGGCGUGCUCGCCUCAGCACGCUCGCCAGGCCAAGACGCUUCUGGACGCACUCAGCUUUCUCCUUCUGCGUCUCAGAUGGUGGAUUGCAUGCGCGAAGAAACGGGGCCCGCCAGCCGAUGGAGCCGGGAGUCGGAGGCCGGUUCCAGAAGACGCAGAUGCCGACGGGGGAGCAGAGAGACGGGAUGACGCGGAAGACGCAGACGCAAGCGCAAGAGAGAGCGCGGCAAAGGCGAGGCGCGCCGUAGACAAACAGAGCGCGGGGAGCGACGGCGGAUCAAGCACGGGCACAGAAGACCCGAACAGGUCAGGAAGUUCCAGCGGGGCUGUGGAAGCUUUUCUGCGAGACGGCGAGAAGGCCUUGGCCUCGCUCGAAGGAUUUCUUUCCACGGCACAGGCGCAGCUCGCCCGACUGCCGCAGGCGCCGCCUGGGCUCCAAAGUGAAGGCACAGCAGGGCACGGACCUGCGGGGCACCUUGUCUCUGGCGAGGCCGAAAAACAGGAAGGCCUGUCGGAGGCGACGGAUCUCGACGCCGCGGUGGCCCGUCUUGGGCGAUUCCUGGAGAAGGCUGGAGAGCAAGAGACGGAGACCUCUUUCGGAACCUCCAGCUCAGGACAGAGUUGCAGAUCUCUGCUGCGAACCCUCCGACAGACGCAAGACACCGACCAGCUGCCUGGCCUUGUCCACGCUCUUCUUCAAAAGAACGAAGGCACAGACGAGGCCCGCUCGACCGGGAAGGUGAACGGCCGACUCACCCCUCUCCAAGCGCAGUUCGCGAUUCUGGAGGCUCUUCGCCUGCUGUACGAGGGAGACGACGACGCAGACGGAGAAGGGGACGCGCGAGGCGACGGCGAUGAGAGGCACGAGAUGGCCGGACAUGCGACGAGACGACGGAAAGCUGCUGUCGAGGCCCUCGACGACCUCCUGCUCGUCCUGCUCCCGAACUACGUGAUUUCUGCGUCGCCUUCGCUGGCGACGAAGACGUCACCGCUGCAUGUCGGGCGUUUGAGGCCGGAUGUUCAGACCACGCUCGGCUUCGCCAGCGUCGCGAUGUCUCUCGCGUCCCUUGGCGACUUUCCUCGCCUUCGCCGCUUCCUCGCUUCGCUGCCCCGCCUCCCCUUCGACCUCUCCCACUUGCUGGCGCCGCCGGCACACCCGGUGCCUCCCGCGGGCCCCGCUGCGCCUGGGCUGUCUCUGCAUCUCUUCCCUGCACUGACGGCUCUUUUGACGCUGCUGCUUCGUGUCGCGGAGGCCGCCAAAACGCGCGAAGGCCUCGAGAGCAGGCCUUGCGAGACCUGCCUCGCGUUUGCAUGCAGUCUCGUUCGCGACACUCCAGAGCUUCUGAAUCUGCCCACGCACUUGCGAGCCUAUUUGCCUUCGUCUCUCGCCUUCUUCCUGGCGCACGCCCGGCACCUCAAAGCAGGAUCCUCUCAGAUGUCUGAGGGGAGCUCGCCGGCGCUGGCCGCAACGCUGAGCGCGGUCGCCGAGCUGGUGAGGAAGGAACCUGAGCGUUUGAAGGACGAAAUCGAAGAAGCGAUGGAGAAGGGAAGGCGCGAGGCCGUCUUCGCCAAAACACUCGAGCUCGUCGCCGCAGUGCGGUGGCAGACGCGGAAUCUGCUCGAACAACUCGCGAACGCAAAACGGACAGAGAGAGAGCGCGACCAAAGACCAGACGAACGCUACGUCGGGCGUGUCCUCGCGCGAGAACGCAGACGAAUCGUCACAGUGUACGGUCAGCUUUUGAGGGCUUUCCAGAACGACGGCUCGUACCCUCUUUUUCUCUCGGAACUUUUGCUGUCGGAGCUUCGCAUCUGCGACCUGAAAGGACAGCGCAGGCAUCUGCAGUCUCCUUCCCCCGCAGCGUCUUCUCCCUCUCCAGGCUUGUCUCCUCUCUCUCCAGGCUCGUCUUCUCUGUCUCCAGGCUCUUCUUCUCCCUCCUUUCUCUCACGAGCCUACGUCGCGGCCUUGCGAAGCUUCUCGGCCUUUACCUCGGCAGCUGACAACUUCGCAACUCUCGCCCAAGGCAGUCGCAAAGGGACACUCGCUGCAGAAGGGAGCGCCCAAGCCGCAAUGGAGAUUCUCGAUCUCAUGGAAGACACCGGCGUCGAUCUGCAUGCAACUGCGUUCUCCGCGGCAUUGAAGGCCAACAGCAAGCGCGCCUCGCCGUCCUUCUUUCCGCCGUUUUUCUUCCAGCGUGCGUCUUCGCCGCUCCUCGACGCUCUUCGCCUGAUUCGACGCAUGACGGCGGCGCGCGCGUGCCUUCCAGACACCCGCUGCUUCAACUACGCGCUGGCCGCAGCCGCUCGGCAGACUUACCUGCCUGCGUCUCUGCAACCGGGCGCCGCCCGAGCUCCCGGCGCAUGUGCGGAGAACGGAGACAGCGAGGAGACCGCAGAGGACGCAGGAGGAGGGACGGCAGUCGGCCGCGGCGACGCGGGCGCUGCCGCAGCAGAGUGGCUGCUGAGAGAAAUGGGGAGAGCCGGCGCCCAAGUCAAACCAAAUGCCGUGACGCUGACAACCGCCUUAGAGGCCUUCAAGAAGGCUGGCGUCCCGCCCUCGCCCCUGCUUCAGUCGCUCCUGCCGGACGACCCGGCUCUCGCAGUGGCGGCUUUGAGGCUUCUGUCUGGCGAGUCGUCUUCGCUUUCGUCCUCUUCCCGUUGUGAUUCAAAGCCCAACAAGAAUGCGACGGGCCAAGAGAAAGGCGACGCUCAACUUUCUUCUCUCGCGCGAAACUCUACGAAGGUGCGCGUCGUGGACACGCCUCUGCUGAACGCGCUACUGCACUGCCAGGCUGUGCAUGGAGAUGUGGAGACAGCUGAGAAACUCUUCUUCUCGCAUUUGAAAAGUUUGCAGAUGUUUCACUUGGGCCAAAACGCAUUCGACGCGCACGCAGCGGCCGUGGGGCGACCAGACGAGGCAUCCUUCCAGGCUCUACUCUUUGCGGCCAACAAAGCCGCGAAUCCGGAGAAGGCGGAACAGUUUCUUCGCCUGCAAAUCUUGUAUCGUCUCGCGCCUCGCAUCCAGCAGUGGAACGAGGUCUUGAAGGCGUACACAGCUCGGCUGCGGGCUCUGGCUGAGCGUCGCGCUUUCCCGUGCCAGCCUCAUCGGAAAAACCGGGAUCUUUUUGACCUCGUUCGAAUCCACGCACCCGGCGGCGAGCGUCCGAAGGCGGACGAAGAGGAAAUUGACACGGCGGGGAGGAACGGCGCGCGCAGUGCAGCCGAGGAACUCUGCGAGUCGAUCGACCGUCUCCGAGAGAUUCGCGCGACACUCAAGACAGAUGGCCCCUCUCCAGAUGUGCGGACUUUCUUGCUGUUGAAUCGGGCCCUCUCGGCCGCAGCGGCUGCCGUGGAAGUCGCCUUGGGAGACCGAUCGGCGAAGGAAUGUGGAGACCAAACGCGCGGAGACGAAUGCCGAAGCGGAGGAGGACAGGGCCUUGGCUGUCGCGAGCCGAACGCUUCACAGUCGCCGAGUUCGUCGGUGUCGCCUUCUGUUCUCUUGGCGAAAAUUGCCGACACUGCUCACAGCGUUGCUCAGGACUACAGCCGGUUCUUGUCUUUGGGUUCUGAGCCAUCUGCCGCUCCAGUGGCAGACUCCCCGUCUCCGUUGUCGCCGGCAGCGCCUCCCGAGCUCGCACGCUUCAAACCCUGGGUUUUCGGAGAGGCCAUGAGAUGCGCGGCUCUGGCCGGCAGACCCGCAGACGCCGUUCUCCUGUUUCUCGACGAGCUCCUCCCGCAGAGAGAGAAGGUCGUGGAGCAGAGGGAAAGAGAAAACACAGACGCUGCGUGCGCCAGGGCAGAGCGCGCAGCAGACCCAGGCGUGAAGGCGGCGAACGCAGGGACUGGAAAAGCGGUAGGUGCGUCACCAGAGCCGACGGGAAAAGACUUCGCGUCGGAAGCGGAAGAGACAGGACAGGGCGGGUUCGCGGGCGACGAGAACGGAGGGGCGCUUCGGUCGAGGGAGAACGCGAGCGAGGACCGGUGUUUGCGGCUUCUUCCUCUUCCCGUCUCCAUCGGGCAACUUUUGAUUGAGGGCCUCGAAGGCGUCGCAAAGGAGCGGCUGGGUCUGGUGCAGGUCAACGCAAAGAAGAAUCGCGAGAAGGAGCAAGUGCUGAAGGAGCUGGGAGUCCCCGCGUGGGAAAAGACCAGGAAGGAAAUCGAUCGCGAGGAGACCAUCCAACGGCUGACGGCCCUCAUGCAGCGCGGCCUCACCGCGUUACGGCGCGAGUGGCCACGACUCGCGCCCAACCUCGAGGAGACACUGUGGGGUUUCGAAGAGACACUGGAGGCCGACGGGCCACAGAUGGUGGGCCAGGCCGAAGAAAUCGGCGGAAAACCGAACGGAAGCGAGAGGGAAGCGACGGGGAUGGGACAGGUGCUGACUCUUCUCGGGGCGAAGGGAGAGAGCGGAAUCCGACGAAAACGCGCCGAGACAGGGGAGAAAGCACGCAGCGACCGCAUCCUUCUCUCGCGGCUGCCAAAGGGGCUCUUCAGUGAGGCCGCGGAAUGCCAGAGACGCGACACGAAAAGCGACACAUGGGAAAGGAAUGCCCUCGUGUCGACGGCAAAGCCGACCAGAGAGGAUCUUGGUUGUCCCGGGGCGUCACGUGAUGUUGAUGGAGGCAUUCCAGUCGAGACGGCGAGACUGUGGAAAGAAAAGAAUGUCUGCCUCUCUCCUGGUCUCGCCAUGAAGCGAGAAUUGCUUCAUCAGCUUCGGAAGGCCACGACGUUCGAGGAGGCCUGCUCGGCCGUGAGCCGGCUGUAUCGCCUGCGCAUUCACCAGCCUGGCCUGGCAUUCGGACCCGGAGACGAGGCUGUAGUCUUCAAGUGUCUCGUUCGGCAGGCGCCCCGCCCUGUGGAGGCUCUGCGCGUUUUUGGAGACCUCCAGGAACCUCUCGACUCUGCAGAUCCUAGCCAGUCUCCAGAAUGUCUCCUUCACUCUUGUCCCUCGUCUUCGGCACCUGACGUGUCUCCUUCUUCCUCUUCCUCUUCUUACUCUUCUUCAUCUGACUCUUCUGCAUCUUCGUCCUCUGCCUCUUCUUCUGCUGGUUCGCCGAAAUCGACGCCUGCGUUGCUCCCUCUCGGACUCCUUCAGGAGGCCUUCCUCUCGGCUCUUCGGCAGUCUAGGGCGGGCGAGGGUGACCGUCUUGUCGAAGUUAUCCCUUUCUUUGUUGAGGCGCCUUAUCCGCCGCAGGCUCUGCUGUCUCCCUCGCUGACCCUCGAAGCGCUGAACAUCGUGGGCGGUCCUCGAAGCGGAGGCACUGGAGGCGUCAAUCCUGCGAGAGAAGCGGCGAGGAAGCGCGAGAUUCAAGCGAUCUUUGCGUUCCUGCAAAAGUGCAAACAGGCGGUCCACUCCACGGGCGACGACCUCGGCGCACCAGGGGGAAGGCGUGUGCGCCGGGAAGAGCUCGAAGACGCUGGAAUCAAGGCUCUCGGCGAGCGAGGGGGUUGGCGUGAAGCCGUCGCGCUGCUCCACGAACGCCUAACGUCCUCGCCCGCCUCGCCGCCGCCUCGCGCCUGGUGGGCGGCUGCGCAACUCGCGGCAGAGCGCGCCAAGCAGCCGGAAGUUUCUCGAAUUUUGAAGCGGCUGACGCGAUUCAAAUUCGCCGUGGCUGAUGCCACACAGCCUCCCACGCUCCUCGCGAAGGUUCAGCAAGUCCUCGCCGAGGAUCUGGAAGACGAGGAGGCGCGUCGCCGCGAGAAGCAGCUGCUGGAAACGGCGAGACGAAGAGAAGCGGGCGAUGAGAUCGCCUACGCGGUAGAAGGGAAAGAAACGCAAACGCAUGCGGCGACAGGGAAUCGACUUCGGAGACGCGGAAAGGUGACUGAGAGAGUCGAAGAGAAGGACGAGGAGACGGACGAGGAGGACGCCCUGAUAGAGGGAGGCGUGAAAAGUCCGUUCGGAGAGGAAGUUGCGAGAUACUCAGUCAUUUACAAGUUGGAGAACCUCUUGAACAUGCCGGAGGAAGAACCUGACACUGACCUGUAUUAUGGAAAGAAGAAAGCUGUGAAGCGGGCAAAACCUCGCAAGGGCGACGCGCGGAGAAGCUGA